GCACGCCCAGGGAGCCGCAUCCGUUCUGGAGAAGGGGAAGGAGCACAGGGAGAGAGGAGGAGUUGAAGGGGUGGGAGUGGACGGCACUGUGUGUGUGUGAGCGUGUGUGUGUGCCUGCGCGCGCACGUGUGUGUGUAUGUGUGUGCAGGCAAGUGCGAGCAGGCACGAGAGGCAGGGGGAGAGAAGAGAGAGCCUGCUCUGUGAGCAGAAAAGCCACUGCACCUCAACUCUGGGAGGCUGGAUGGCAACUUCUCAUACAGACGCCAGCACUGGCUGCAGAGAUGCCGGUGCCGCCUCGCUCCUGAGUGACCGGGGCCGCUGCCGGGGCAGGAGCGGGUGCCCGGCCAGGGCCGGUCGUUCCGGAGGGCGAUGUGGCCACCCAGACGGGGCUGCAUCCUCAGGUGGCUGGGUCUGAGGGUCUUCCGGAGGACCACGCUCCUCUUUGCCCUCUUCUGGUUCGGGUUCUGGGUGUUUCUCAACGGCCUGGUCUUCGUGCACAGGACCAUUUUCUCCGAUUUCUGCACCAAUGACAAGAGCAAGCAGGUCCUUCAGAGAGUGUGCAAGGAGUACAAACAGGGCAUCCUGACAGGAGACCUCUGUGAGGACCUGUGUGUGACCAGGCAACUAGAGUACAAGCGCUGUUUGUAUUUCGAGAAUGGCAAGAAGGUGAUCAAGGCCGACUGGCGGGGCGUGCCCGUAGUGCUGAAGUCCAAGCUGGAGAACUUCUCCUCCUACGAGAGCUUCAGUCUGCUGGACUACCAGGACGCCCCCGACCUGUCGCCCAUGGACAUCGUUUUCUACGCCAUGCUGGAAAUCAAGAGCUCCCUUGGGCUGGAGGUGCGAAACGCCACGGUGCCCCAGCUGUGGAGCCAGAGACUGCGGGAGCAGGGCCGGCCUUACUCCCGGGCCGAGGUGGCCUCCCUCUGGUCGUUGCUCCAGCAGGAGGAGUACGCCUUCUUCAAAGUCCUGCAGGACCUCAGCCGGCAUGUCGUGAAGGUGCUGGGGUCUUGCGGGCACUUCUACGCUGUGGAGUACCUCAUCGCUGGCCACGCCUGGAACCAGAACCUUUUCUCUCUGGAGGAGAUUUCAGGCCUGUCUGGGUCAGCGGGUGAUGGCUCCUCCUCCUCCUUCUCACACUCCUUUUCUUCAGGCCAUGGGGUUUGGAUGGAGAGGGACAUGGUGCACCAGAUCGCCCUCAGCUUCCUUGAGAUGGUCCGGCAUUUUGAGAACGACUUCUCUCACCGCCUCCACCUCUGUGACAUCAAGCCAGAGAACUUUGCCAUCAGGAAGGAUCUCACGGUCGUGGCCAUUGAUGUCGACAUGGCUUUCUUCGAGCCCAAAAUGCAGGACAUUCUAGAGCAGAACUGCACCAACGACGAUGACUGCAACUUUUUUGACUGCAUCUCGAAAUGUGAUGUGCAUAAAAACAAGUGUGGCUCAAAGCGAAUAAACAGCAACUUACAGGUGAUCUGUGACAAGAUCUUCAGGCUGUGGUUCUCGCCCACGCUGCUGGGUGCCAGGGCGGGGCUCCCCCUGCAGGUGGCGCUGCAGCGGGCGGUGCAGGACUGCGCAGAGACGGCGGGGGGCGAGGAGACGGAGCGCAGCCACGCCAUCCAGCAGCGCCUGCUCGCCAUCCUCAAACAGCUCCUACGUGACGGCCCGAGACAGGGGGACGCGGAGGGACGCUCACACACGGCACUCAACUUCUAACAGACUUCUACUGGAAUGUUGUGUUGUAACUUGCCAUUACAUUGCAGCAACAUUGUGAGAGUGUUUUGUGAGAGGUGGGCAGCCAUCUUGUGACUGUGGGGCUGACGUACAUCCUCAGAUGUGUGUGCUAAGACUGAAGAAGAAUGGGACAAUUUGACCGUACUACAUAUUUUGAUGCACCAUUGGGAGUUGGCCUGUGGUUGAAGAAAACAGGAUCAGUGAUGGAGAUAUAUGUAUAAUGAUGCAUCAUAACACUGCUCAUCGAUAUCGCAUGGGUUCAAUAACUGGUGUAGGCUGAAGGCGUAUACAGUGAAAAUUGGACAGGUUGAGAAACAAGCAUAACAUAGUUGAGUUGUAUUUUGUACUGCCAUUGAUAACAUGCUCACCACUGCAAACAUUUGUGAGAAAUAAAACAUAUUUUGGUGAUCUUCAGGGUUCUA